CGGUUUUUAGCUAAGGGAAAGGAGGAGAAGAAGAAAGAGACAACAUGGCGGCUUUUCCCCCUUUCCCUCCCGGGCGUUGUAGUCCUAAUAGCGCAUAGACGUCAUUCUGAGGAAUAGAAACAAAACAGAAAGAAAACUACACUUCCCGACAGGCUUCGGGUUUUAGUGAAGAGGGGAAAGGAGGCGAAGAAGAAGAAAGCGACAACAUGGCGGCUGCCUCCAUUCCCUAGAAGUGGGAGCUGUGAUAAAGACUAGCCUUGGGAGCUGGAGGAAGAGCAGCAGGGACCGUGCCCUUGCCGUUCUCCCGGGCGAAGGAGGAGGCGGAGGCGGGCAGCAGUGGAGCCAUGGGGGUCCAAGGCUUCCAGGAGUUCGUGGAGAAGCGCUGCCCGGGGGCCGUGGUCCCAGUGGACCUCUUGAAGCUGGCCAGGGCCGUCGCAGGAGGAGGCGGCGGAGGAGGCCGCGGCGGGGCCUACUGUGGCCCCUUCCACUCCCCGCAGGGCUACCCGGCCAUGGUGGGCCCUGGGGGCCCCUACCCUCCGCCCCUGCCCCCUCCGCCCGCCCCCUGCCCUGCCCGGCUCCUGGUGGACGCCGACUCCGCCCUGCAGCGCCUCUACGGCGGCUACCAGACGGACUGGGUCUGCGGGGGCCAGUGGAACGCCAUGGUGGGCUACCUGGCCGCCCUCUCCCAGGCCUGCCUCUACCAAGGGGGGCUGGAGCUGGCCGUCAUCUUCAACGGGGGCCUGGGCAAGGAGAGGCUCCCCGAGUGGGCGAGGAAGGCCCAGGCCGAGAGGCAGACCGCCCAGCUCAUCGCCGGCCAUGUGGGCAACAAGGGCACGCCGCCACCCAGGGCAUGGUUCCUGCCCCCGGCCUGCUUGGGCCACUGCGUACGCCUGGCCAUGAUUCGGUUCCGGGUCAAGGUGUUUCAGACCCUGGAGGAUCAUCAUCAGGAGGUUGUGUCCUUCUUCCGGGAGAAUGGCUUCCACGGGCUGAUUGCCCAUGACUCGGAAUUUGCCCUCUGCAACAUACCCUCAUAUUACAGCUCCCAUGCUCUCAAACUAAGUUGGAAUGGCAAGAACCUCACCACCAAUCAGUUUCUCAUGCAAGAGGUGGCCAAGCAGCUGGGCCUCAAGCUGAGCAGCUUUCCCAUCUUUGCUGCCUUGCUAGGGAACCACAUCCUUCCGGACGAGGAUCUGGCUGCCUUCCACUGGAGCCUGCUUGGACCAGACCACCCACUGGCUUCGCUUAAGGUGCGUGCCCACCAGCUGGUCCUGCCACCCUGUGAUGUUGUCAUCAAGGCUGUGUCUGAGUAUGUCAGCUCCAUCAAAAAUCCCUCAAACCUGGAUGUGAUCGGGAGAGAUGUCUUCAAGCACUCCCAGUCCAGGAUCGAGGAUAAAAUUGAGCGUUUCAAGAAGGCUGUAGAAUAUUAUUCAGUAGCCACGAAGGCACCCCCUACACAAAUGGGCCAAUCCCCGUAUGUUCUCUCAGCCUUUGGGCCAAACCAUUUUGGAGGGGCAGCACCUAUGAACCGCAAUCCAAUGGUACCACUCCCUUCUGGAAAGGCCAUGUUUGCACCCCAGAUGGGGCCAAAGAUGCCGUAUCAGCCACCAGGGCCACAUGGCAGUGUUGCCACCCACUCAUCAUUUCUUCCUGGCCCUGGCUCCAGCUUUCUCUUUUCACCGCAUGGCCUGACAGAUGCUUCUGCCCCCUUUCACGAAGACCCUUCCCUGAAGGGUGGACACUACAACAACUGGUCUGUAUCUUACGACAACUCUCAUGCCAAGUUCGCCAACCACCACCUGAGCUCCAAACCUUCCCCAUCAUCUGGCCCUGGCUCUUCGCCUUCCUCCUCAUCUGAUGGAGAAGAACAUAAUGGAGCCAACUCCAACCACGUGUCUGAAACAGGGCCUCGUAAAUCUGGCUGGGAAGAUCCUGGGGGUGACAAGAUGAUGAGCCAAGGCUGGGGGCAGCCGCCAGGGGGCAGCAGCAAUCCGGAGAGGAACUUGAGUGGGUCUACUGAGGCCCACAUCCCCUCGCUACUCUCCAUGGCGACUCGAAACCACAUGGACAUCACCACCCCACCCCUGCCACCAGUUGCCCCCGAGGUGCUUCGCGUGGCUGAGCACAGGCAUCGACGGGGGCUUAUGUACCCUUUCAUUUACCAUGUCCUCACCAAGGGUGAAAUUAAGAUCCCUGUGUGCAUCGAAGAUGAGUGCAAUACAGAACUGCCCCCUGCAACAGUCCUUUUUCGGGCUGCCCGGCAGUAUGUGUAUGGCGUCCUCUUCAGUGUGGCUGAGACUCAGCGGCGGCUGGAACGCUUGGCUGUGCGCAAACGCAUCCCUGUGGAAAUUCAUCCUGUUAUCAUCAAGGAAUGGUCAGCAUACAAGGGGAAAUCACCACAGACUCCAGAGCUGGUCUCAGCCCUUGCCUUUCGGGAAUGGACCUGCCCCAACCUCAAGAAGCUAUGGCUGGGCAAAGCUGUGGAAGACAAGAACCGUCGCAUGAGAGCCUUUCUGGCCUGCAUGAAAUCAGACACGCCUGGCAUGCUCAACCCUGCCAAUGUCCCUACACAUCUGCUGCUUAUGUGCUGUGUGCUACGGUACAUGAUCCAGUGGCCGGGGGGACGGAUCCUGCACAGACAUGAGUUGGAUGCCUUCCUGGCCCAGGCUGUUUCUGCUCAGCUAUAUGAGCCUGAUCAGCUUCAAGAACUGAAGAUUGAGAAACUGGAUCCUAGAGGUGUUCAGCUGGCUGCGCUAUUUAUGAGUGGGGUGGACACAGCCCUCUUUGCCAAUGAUGCUUGUGGACAGCCUGUCCCCUGGGAGCAUUGCUGCCCGUGGAUCUACUUUGAUGGGAAGCUUUUCCAGAGCAAGCUGAUCAAAGCCACACGGGAGAAGGCACCGCUCUUAGACCUCUGUGAUGGACAGACCGAGCUGGUGUCCAAAGUGGAGAAGAUGAGGCAGAGCAUUUUGGAAGGCAUCAACCUCAACCGCCAGGCCCCACCACCACUGCUCCCACCUCCACCCUUUGUAUCCUCUAUGGCCCCACCCUUUUACCCAAUGCCUCUGUAUCCUCGCACUAUUGGCUCUGUUCAGCCGCCAGGCCCUGGAAGGACCAGAGGCUUCACAGGGCUCCAUCCUAUCCCUCCACAAGGGGGCAAACUGGAGAUUGCUGGGAUGGUCGUGGGCCAGUGGGCCGGAAGCAGGCCCUCCCGGGGGCAGGGCUCCUUUGGCAUGCAAGUAGUUUCAGUUGGAGGUCCAGGGAAAGGCCGUGGCCGUGAUACCUCUGGAAAAGCCCCCAAAGGAAACAAGAAAGUGAACAAACAAGGUUCUACUGAGGGACCUGCGAAGACACCUGAGUUCAACAACAACAACAGCAGUAGCAGCAGCGGUGGUGGCAGCAGCAGUAGCAGCCGUCCUCAGUCCCAGGUGAAUGGGAAUGGGGGCACCACCCCUGUGGUGGGUGAGGACUCCGGCGCUGGAGCGUACACCUCAGCCACAUCACCUUGUGCCUUAGCCAGAGACGCUGACUCAUGCAAUAACAAUAAUCCCUUCUUUGGGACGCUAAGUGGGGACCCGGAACGGUGCUCGGAGAACAAGCUUUCCUUCCAAGCUCUCCAGAAAGAGGAGUGAAUAGAAGCCACUGUGGCUCCGAUUGGCUGGCAAUGGGGUGGGAUGGAGAAAGAAGAGGUGGUGUCUCCCCCACUUUGCAAGCAAGGGAGGGGAGAGGGGAAAGAUGCAGCAUUUCAGCUAAUCCUUGGAAAACCAGGGUUAUCAAGUGCUGUGGGGCAGAGGGAUCUUUUGUGCAGAGUGGAGUGGGGGGAGGAGGGGAGCUUCCUUGAUAUCUCACACUGCAUGUUUUGUAGAGUUUGUGUGAUGUGAGGUCUGAUCUCUUGUCAGCAGGAAAUGUAUUUCCACAGUGUGAGUUUAAGGGGAAUGCCUGUGGGGCUCUCAUCCCAUCCUGGAUGUGAUCACAUCAGCUGUUUGCACUCUUCCCUUUGAAUUUGCCAUUGUGCCAAUCGGAUCCACGGAGGCAGCAUAUUUUUCUUCUUUUUUAAGUUUAUUUGACUUUUGAUUUAUUUUUUUUUUAUUUUAUAGUAGGGAGGGGAGUAUUUUUAGGGGGGCAAGAAUUCUGAAUUUGGGGAAGGGGAUAUUUUUAAGGGGAAAAAAGCCAGCAAGGUUUUAUUUUAAAGUGGGGCAGAUUUUUCCUGCCUGCCUUGUUAAUUUCUUGCCAACUCCCCCACCAUCAGGCCAAAUAGCUGUGUUGCUUUGGAGGAUGGUGUUAAUGGUAUGGAGUCAAGCGAGGGAGACAAAAUGAUUUUUAAAAGACAAAGAGAGAGAGAGAGUAGCACAGCUGUUGCAGAGUAUACACAAAAACGUGUAUAGUGGUCAGCCUGUGCUUUUUAUUGUAUAUGAAAGAGAGAGAGAUUAUAUUUAUAUAUAACAUGAAUAGAGCUAUAUAUAAAUAUGAAUGCGGCAAACCCAGAAGGGUUGAAAAUGUUCCCGGGAGACAACUUGCGUUCCGAAGCGCUAUGCGUUUUAUGAAUUAAAGGCCUGCUUCAUUGGUUCCCAGCAAUGGCCUUGUAAACAGGGCUGCUGGGGCUGCAUGUGGCAGGUCUCUCAAUAUCAGACACAAAACUUCUUAUCCUUAAAAACAGACAAGCACUUGUUGUUGCAUUUCCAGGACUGUGAGCAAAUGGACAUGGUUGGGGUUGGAAAAUGGGUGUGAGUAUAUUGCCAUUCGCUUUGCAAGAGGGGAGGGGAGGGUUGGGGAGACAAACAGGAUCAGUCCUACCCAGAGCUUGGUGGAUGGUGAUGGUGAUGGUGGUUCGGAGUCUAGUUCUUGUGCUUGGAAAGAGUGUCUAGAAGAAAUUGAAGCUGUUCAGUUGAAGAUGGGUUAUUCUUCUCUACGCACAGUGCCGGGCGUACUCUGCCACUUCAGUACACAGUAUAGAAUCUGAUAAAUAGUUUGGCAUCUUAGGAAUAACAGGUAUUAGCUUUAAAUCAACAAACCAUAAUCAUUUUAGUGCUAAAAAUUGUAAGAAAUCUUUUUUUUUUUUUUUGAAGCUGCAUCUGCACCCGCACUGCAGAAUUAAUCCAGUUUGACACCAGUAGGUCAUUCUGGGAACUGUAGUUUCAUGAGACAUUUAGCCUUCUCUUUUAGAGAGCUCUGGUGACACAACAAACUUCAGUUCUCAGGAUUCCAUAGCAUUGAGCCAAGGUAGUUAAAGUCAUGUCACACUAGUUUAUUUCUGAAGUGUGCGUGCAGCCAGGGUGGAUAGCUUCUGAAAGUUGCUGGUCAAAGUUUUCAGUGGCACAGCUCAGGAAUGUCAUGAUUUUGUACUAGAACUUCCAGCAUUCCUCAGUUCCUGGUCAGUUCCUGGCCAGACUAAUUGAGUGGGGCUCUGAAAACUAUAGGACAGAAAAGUCAUUUUUCUAAGCUCUGGUGGUGGUGGGCAUGUUUGGGUUAUUUUCUCACCCCGCAUGCCUCUUUCUUCAGUCCUCCUGGCUGCUGCUCCUUGCCACUCUGGAUUUUGUACUCUCUUUGUAACUUUUCGCUCCCAUCCUUACCCUCUGCAACCUUGAAGCUCUUCAGGAGAAAAUGGAAACCUUGAAUUUCAGAAGCUGAACAAGUAAUGUCAAAAAAUCUGGUAGAUGAUUUAAAUAUUUUAAAGAAAGCACAAAGAUGUCUGUGUACUGAAAUUGCUUCUUUUUAACACAGAGUACAUUUGCCCACAGGCAGGCAAAACGGGUGGUUUCAAAGAGAUGGAUUGAGUAAAAUUGAAGUGGAAGUUAGGGUGAGCAAGAAUACAAGUGUUUUAAAAAGAAAGCUUCAAACUAAUUUUCCAGCUGUGCCCAAGUAUGCAGUUUUGCUGUGCAUAUUACUUAAAUUCUCCAUGGCACAUGCCUCAGAAUACUGGAUGGCUAGAUUCUCAGAAAAAUCACACCAUUCUCAAAUGUGCUUUGGUUUUAACUUCUGCCUCUUUAGCCACUUCUCUGGUGAGCUGAGUAUUUUCCCUUCAGCUUCCUCCACCAGACACGUGCUUGAAACAUGCCUAGAAAAAUAUCAAGUUGGUUGGUUCCACCUCUGACGACUAAAGAAACUCCAUAACAGUAUGUAAGAAGUGUAUGCAAUUCACUGUCACAAGAUAAGCAGUCAUAGUACAAAUCUAUUUUCAGGAGAAAGAGCUAUAGUUGGUUAAGCUAGGAAGAAUGGAUGCAACCAGGGAUCCUAUAUUCUUGAAUUUAAAUUGCUGUGGAGCAAGCCAGGGAGGUGUAUUCACUCCUUAUCCAGUCUCUUAAUUGUUAACUGUGAUUAUAGAAUGGCAGUUAAAAUGUCCUUUAAGCAGGAUGGAGAGUCCACUUCUGUUGAGGAUUGACUUUCCCCAACAGAGGGUGGCAUAGUUUGAAACUGCAUGCCAUUCCCUUUUCCCUGUCCUCAGCAAGCAGACUGCCAAGGGAAAGACAUGCCUUUGGCACAGGUGUGAACUGAUAGCUUGCAGAGGGUUUUUUAGAAUGAGGCUGAGGUUUGCAUGAAGUCAGGCCAGGCACUGCAGGUUGGCCCCAAUGACCGUAAGCACUUACAUUUGCUAAUGCUGUUGCCUCAUUUAUAAAUGGUGAGGCUGCAAAAUAUUGAACUAAGUAAAAUGUAGGGAGCUCAGCAAUACCUGACACACAAGCAAUUUUCUCUCUCAUUGGCACUGAACGUUUCCCUAGGUAAGAGAAGCCAGGAAUGAGGGUCUUGAGCAUGUUGACUGCUUUAGUCACAAGCAAAGUAAAUUCUUCCCAAUUUUUAGAAACAUAUAAUUAGAAAUACCUAGAAAGGAUGUGUCUGGUGGGGAAGCAUCUAGAAGCAAAGGUAGGGUGUUCAAAUUGUGGAUCUCUUCAUAAAGAAAACACAGACCAGGUGAGGCAAAUGCAUCCUUUUUUAUGGUCUCGGGUGCUAUGUCUUGGGUAUCUUGGGUGGAGGACAAGGCAGAACUUAAAACUUCACACCAAUAGUUUUGGAAUUGGGCUUUUUCAGAAAACAUCCUAGCUUCCACUUCAGAUGACUUAAACCAACCUUCUUGGGGAGCUAAUGCGGAAGGAGUAACUGUUUUAAAUUCUGACUGUGCCCUCUGUCACAAACUCGGCUCUGAGUGGGAGUGAUUUGGUGAUAAGAGACACCCACUUUAUUCCCAGGGUUACGGGUGGGAAGGGUAUAUAUAAAUCACUGUGACUUGAUGAUACUUCUGUUAAGCAAACAGGACACUGCUUAACCUUUUCCUUGGAUUCCCAAUAAUGUCUGGGAAGUGAAUUGGCAUCUUUAAAAGGUGUUCCAGGGAGGAGGGAUUCAACACCCCUUGUCUCUGGGGGUGCUUCUGCCACUUUUGACAGUAUCCUUUGGAGGGGAAGGACUACUUCCUCUUUGUGCCAGUAACAAAAUUUCCAAGCAACGUAACCAUUGCAAGUUCUGAGGUUGUAUCCCAGAAUUUGAAGACGCCGGCUUGCUUGGGUUUGUUGCAACCCAGGUUUGCUAACACAAAGGCAUAUCGCUACAAUAUCACAUGGGGAGGGGAGCAGUUAGAGCUGUUUCUCAGUCUUCUCUUGUAUUAAUUUUCUCAUACAUAUUUCCAGUGCUUGAGAAACGGAAUCCAUUGCAACUGGAUCCGAUCUUUUUAUUAAUUUAUUUUUUCCUUAACAAUAUGGCCAGGCAAGGUAUUGAUAUAGGAAAUGGAGAGAUUAAUCUGAAUGGGGCACAGAAACUAGGUUUGUGUACUUUGUGAUUCUGCAGAUGUACAGACUGUAGCACUACAGGUUACAUUCAGCUGCUUCAUAAUUCCAACUUCUUCCCUUUCAAACUUUUUAAUCUUUGUGGUUAUAAAUGCAUUUCUCAAAGUAUGGGAUGUGCCUAGAUGAAAAUUUUAAAAUGCCAGUGGGUUGGUUGAAUCACAUUUGUAGUGUUAGGGUAGAAUUUAUACUCCAUUCAGUGACCAUUCAAAUCAAGAAAAAUCUGGGUUUAAACAAAUUAUGCAAAAUAAAGGUGUGCAAAUAUGUAUCCUUUACAUACUGGAUACAAGUGUCAGAAUUCAGUGUUUGAAGACUGUGAAAUUGAUUUUUUUUCUAACUCAAAAUAUACAGAGUCCUGUUUUUGGCACUACAGAAAACUCGGAAGAUUGAAGUAACUUCAUUCUGAAACCCCAGGACAAACAUCCCAGAUACUUUUCCCUCAAUUGAUAGCAAUAGCUUUUCAAAAAUAGAUGUGAUUUUAUUGGGAAUUGCUCAACUUUUGCUGAGCUCAAAAAGUAGCAGGUAUUUUGCAUCUUUAAAAUCUCUCAGUGGAAUGUUAAUAAACCUCUAUGUUGUUGUUGGUGAGGAUAUGAAUUCCUGAGGGCUUUCAAUUUUAAGCCCAGCAUUGCACCAAAGAUAUGGAUGAAAACGGUAAGACAUGGGUCCAAAUGACAAGGCCUCUGCCUGCAUAUUUUUGGACUUCUAAAUAUGUUUUAUUUUUGAAUUUCACUGUAAUAACCUUAAGGCCCCAUCUUAUUGCAUAAUAUUUACACACUUGCUGACAUGACCAAAUGUAAAAGUUACUUUGGAUGUGAGACACAUUGCUCCAUGGUGCGAGAGCCCUAAUGAGAAAUGAUGAUGCAUGUCCUCAAGAGAUCUGGUGGGCUUCUUGUUAUCAGAGGUCAUUGAGCAAAGACCUCUCUCCCAAGCUAUGCCACCCACUUUUGUCAUGCAUAAUAUUUGAUUCCAAGGCUUCGUUUGUUUUGAUGCAAAGAUUCAAUUUAGAUUAAGGUCUAAUUGAGAUGUCCAGGGUAGUUUUGGAAACAUUAAAAUGGAUCUCCUAUUCCAUUUCAAAUCUGUCAGGUGAAAGCUGAGAAAAGUCUGGCUGGGCUCUUAAGAGCUUCAAGGAAGAGAAGACUUGUUUGCUGUAUUAAAACACAUAGACUUAUAGCCAGAAUUGCUGAUCAAGAGUGCUGGGCUGGCAUUGGGAAGCAUGUUUCUCAACUACUGAAAUCAGGCUCUUUAUAUUGUCACAUCUACCUAGCAGCAAAACAGUGCUAAUUGCCCCAUCGCCAGUCAGUUCUAUGAUGUCACUUGUAUUUACAGCAGCUGAUAAAAGAGGUUUUUGAAACCUCAUGCUAAUAUCAGAAAUACUUUUGCUUUUAGGGUUGGAAAUCAAAAGUCAGCGCUGAUAGUAUAAUGCCAUGAAUAGCUGUGCAAAGCUAUAACUAUUUUUCAAUGCUCAUUUCCCCACCCCACUGCCCCACAAAAUGAAAUUCUGAUUAUCACAUAUAUGGUUGAAACUCUUAGCUUUUUUUAAUUUAAUUUUUGUAGCGGAUAUUAAAACUCAGAUGAUCCUCAUGUGAUGUUAGAAUUUGGUGGUUCCUGAAUGUGGGCUACAUAGGCUCUGGAAGUGAAAGGUUUAGAUUCAGAAUGUAUCUAAGGUAGCCCUCCAACCCAAAUUCUGACUCAUAAUUUGUUCUGGAAAUUUCAGAUGUGUAACUGAAAUUGGUUUUAGAUUGGUUUACCACACAGGAGGAGGAAGACCAUGACAACUGUUGAUAUUAAGUUUGGUUAUGAUCCAGAGAAACAUGGCAGAGAAAUCAAGGGUAUGCCUUUUCCCUGUAUGUCCAGAUAGCUGUCGCCUUAGCAGUACAGGACACUUGUAAAAUUAAGGAAUUCUAACCUAGUUUAGCAUCUAGCACAAGGAGGCCGCUCUUUGGAAGAGGAAGAACAAGUGCAAAAAUAUUUCUGCAAAAUGCUUGGCAGACUUUGAAGUGGCUUGGAUGCAUGGCUUCCGUUUGGGAAAUAAAAUGGUGGUGACACUGUGGUACUCCAUCUGAGCAUCACAUUUCCUGACAUAUAUAAGCAUUUCAAGAUGCUCCUGAAUGAUGUUCCCAAGUCUUGUUGAGAGUGACGCUCUUGAGGCGUUCUCACUUUUCAUUCUGCCUCUGUGAUACUAAGGCUAGACUCCCUGGCUCCUGGGUGAUAACAAUUAGGACCUUUCUUUUAAAGUCACUUGAUCUGCACGGCACAUUCUGGGCAUUUGAUCCCAAUGGUGUGUUUGCACCAGUAGUUGAGAGAUCAUGUUUUGUUAUGAUUUAUUGCUGUGCUAUUCACUUUGGGGCUGAGAGUUUUAACUGAAGUGAUCUGGUGAGGGUUUUUUGAUCCCUCAUCAUGUACUGUGGACUUUAAAUGCCUACCAGAAAGGUUUUUCCUAUCAUAGUAGAAUAUAUUCAAAAUACAUUGAGUUCAGAUUUGCUCCCACUCAGAUGAAGGAAGGUUCCUUCUUUGGUACCAGUUCAACUGGUACCAAAGUUAAAAGAAAACCAUACCUUUAAACUUCUGGCACUAGACACCAGUUCCAGGUUCUCUAAGCAUGUUUCUUGAAGUCCAACAACCUUCCUAAGGAUUCAAUCCAUACAGUCAUAACAUGGGAUGUUGGCUUGCUUCCUAUCUAGUUUUGUGAUUCUGCGGGGGGAGGGGGUUUAAAACCAACUUGCUGACCAAUAAUCCCUGCGUAUCUCUUUGGAAUCUUUCAUCCCGUCUUGAGUCAGUAAUACAGGAUAUGGCUGGCUAGCAGUUCAUAAGCUGUGGCUACUAGUCAGUUUAACCAGAACUUCUUGAGAAACACAGAAGUCCAAACGUACUUGCAAUAUGUAUAUAUACACUAGAAAAGGCUACUCGACCUCUCCAGGGGCAGCUUUUAAACCAUUUUCUGGUGUGAUUUCGAAUUCCACUUUUUCUUGGAUUCAGAAGCAAAAAAGUGAACCCUUAGAUCCCUGGGGGAAAGUCACAGACAAAUGUUGCGACAGGGACCUGAAUUAUUGUGGAGAGGAAUGGGGGUAUCCCAGUCCACACAUCAUUUCUAUGUAUACACUAGAGCCUGUGACAAGGCCGCAGUGCCACUGAGAAGCCAGUUAAGGCAAAGGACCACCUUUCCCUCCCUUGUCACUCAACUUUCAAAGGAACCUAGGCUGCAGAUAGAGCAUACUUACUUGGCUGUGAGCUCCGCUGAAAUAGCGGGACUUGCUUCUAAGUAAACAUGGUUAGGAUCAGGCUAUAAGAAUCCUAAGAAAACUACAAUGCGUUCUCUCUUUUUUUAAUUUUUAAUCUAGUUAGCAGCAAUUUAACCGCAGAGGUUGAAUCAUUAUAGUAGCUGACGUACCUGACAUGUAUUUUACUGAAUAUGCAUGGUCUAUUUUUAAUUUUCAUUUCCCCCUCACAAUUUCUUCUGUUCUGGUUUUAUCUUGUGCUGAUUAUUUCCGAAGUCCAUUUUUAAUGUUGAAAAGAAACCUAAUGAACACACACUUGGUUAUUAGAAAUCUUCCAGUCUUUAAUUGCUAUUUACUGGUCAUUGCUUAAAGGUCAGACACUGUUGCUCAUGUCCUAGUUCAUUUUAAAAUUAGAUUUUUUUUCCUUUUCAAUUUUGAAAGACCCCUUCUUCCCAAAUGCACCUUAUCUGUCUAUAAUAUUACCCUCUCAGAUGGGAUGUACACUUUUUCUGACUAUAACCAUUGCUCUUGUAUUUUGGUAGAUGCUUUGUUGAUAGUAACUAAACGCCUAGUAAGAUUUUAAAAGUAAAAAACUUCAAUCUCAGUUGUUCUUUUAAGCCAGUCUUUCCCCUCACACACCCUUCUCGAGUAACCUUGAAGUUGCAUUUUACCGUAUAUAUAUAUAUCUAUCUAUAUCUAUCUCCCCACCACCACUAUUAAAGAUGUUUAGCUUGAGAUUUUAGCUUUAAAGAAACAAACAUACGAUCCAAUCUUUUUGCCGAAUGGAGUAAAUCUGAUUUAUUUUUCUUGUUAGUGAUCCCCUGUCAAUUGCAAGCUCAUGCUUUAUUUAAAUGGGAAGGUGAUGAGAAAUUCAUUCUUCCCUUCUUCCUUUUUUAAAAGGUUAUUAUUUUUCUUUUUAUGGUAUUAACACCUGCUCUUAGUGGAUGGAUAAAUGUUCUCUUUACUACCCCGACCCAACCUUGAUAAUCCAGUCCCCAUCUCCCCGAUCCUCGCACCCCACAACAAGCUCCAUAGGUUGUUGGGUUUUUUUAAUCAGUGUAAGUUUGGACAGGUUGCUCUAAAUCAGGGGAAACUCGCAGUAGGUUUGCAAUCAGAAAGCUUGGGUGUCUUUUGGGAAUGUUUUUUGCUGGUGGCAUCUUGGCACGUUGUUCAUCUAUUGAUGAUGGAGAGAGACUUACAGUGCUUAAUAAAGUCUAUUCUUUUAGUAAAAAAAA